CCAAACCAGGAGGCAGGAGCCUGUUUUGCCUCCCAGGCAAUAUUUCUGGAGCCAAUCGGAAUGCGCACCCACCCUGCCCCGCUCCCUAAUUAAAGGCUUUGGAGCAGGGCCGCCCGCAGCUCUGGGCACACACUCUUGGGUCGCCUCUCAGCAGGAGCAGAUCGGGGUAGGUUGUGGGUAGCGGGGGGUCCGGGGUGGGCUGCAGCCCCCCGAGCUGCAGCGAUGAGCGGCUCCUUCGACAAGAAACUCACCAGCAUCCUCACCGACCUGUCGGGCUCGCUGAGCUGCCAUGCCUCCUCCAAGGACUCCCCAACACUUCCCGAGUCCUCCGUCACCGAUCUGGGCUACUACAGCGGCCAGCACGACUUCUAUCCUGGCCAGUCCUACGGGCAGCCCGUCGCCCAUUACCCGUAUCCCCAAUUCAACCUCAAUUCCAUCGGCGCCGGCGGAACCUAUUCCCCUAAAUCUGACUAUUCCUACAGUCCGUCCUACCGGCAGUAUGGCCACUUCAGGGAACAGCAGCUCCCGGCGCAGGAUGCAGUGUCGGUGAAGGAGGAGCCGGAGCCCGAGGUGCGGAUGGUCAACGGGAAACCCAAGAAGAUCCGCAAACCCCGCACCAUCUACUCCAGUUACCAACUGGCCGCCCUGCAGCGCCGCUUCCAGAAAGCCCAAUACCUGGCGCUGCCCGAGCGCGCCGAGCUGGCGGCCCAGCUGGGGCUCACCCAGACCCAGGUGAAGAUCUGGUUCCAGAACCGCCGCUCCAAGUUCAAGAAGCUCUACAAGAAUGGCGAGGUGCCAUUGGAGCACAGCCCCAACAACAGCGAUUCCAUGGCCUGCAACUCCCCCCCAUCGCCCGCCGUCUGGGACAGUGCCUCGCACGGCAGCGCGCCGGGACGGACCCCCCUCCCACAGCCUCUGCCCUACAGCCCCUCGCCCGCCUUCCUGGAGGAGCACAGCCCCUGGUACCACCCGCAGAGCCUCGCUGCCCCCCACCAGCCACCCACCACCAUGCACCACACCUCGCCGGGGCCGCCCCCCAACCCGGGCGCCGUCUACUAACCGUAGGGGGGCAGAGACAGUGCAGAACUCCUCCUUUUCCCUUUCUUCCCCACCUCUCCUUCCCCCUCCCCUCGAUUAUUAUUAUUUUUUGAAGUGUUCCAGGACACUCGUGUACACACACCCCUAUAUAUCCACUUCUGUAUCCUCUCCUCUCCCAGCUCAUCUCAGGAACAACAGGACUGCAAAGGGUUGAACUCGUGAGCUCUGCGCCCAGGGGACACCACCGCCGCCCCCCAACAACUGCAUCCCCCCCCCCACCCACAGGAGAGACAUUUGGGUGACUGUCACCCCUCCUUGGGGUCCCUGUGGAGCUUGUGGGACGCCGUGUGGGAUGGAGACAUGAGGACCAAAGCAGGGUGCCAUCCCCACCUGGAGCAGGGGACACCCCUCACCCUCAUGGCACCCAAAAUCCAGCACCACGCAGGGACCAACAGUGGUCUGUGGACUAUGGGUACUCCAUGGGGUGUGGGUUUUCUGUGGGGUGUGGGUGCACCGUAGGGCUGUGGGUGUUCUAUGGGGCCAUGGGUUUUCCAUGGGGCUUUGGGUGCUCCGUGGGACCAUGGGUUCUCCAUGGGGUUGUGGGUUCUCCAUGUGGCCAUGCGUCCUCCAUAGGUUUUCCGUGGUGCAAUGGGUUCUUCAUGAGGCUGUAGGUGCUCUGUGGGUUCUCCAUGGGGUUCUCUGUGAGUUCUCCAUGGGGCCGUGGGUUCUCCAUGGGGCUGUGGGUU